AUGCCGGCGAGCACUCCAACGGCUACGAGUGCUGAUGCUGAUGGAGACUCAGAGUCAGAAGAGGACGACGAUCCAGAUGAUGACGUCGAAGGCUACGACCCCAUACCCAUGACGACAGUUCUGGACGGCGAGCUGGAUGCGACGCUCCCCCCUCACCAGCGGUGUGCCGCGCUCAUCGUUAACCUUCUCGGCACCCAGGACAUCAAGGUAGCCCUGGAGCUAAAUGCCAAUUUCAAGACAAUGCACGAGAGCACAACAAAAAAGCUAAAGGAGUGGUGGAGGCGGCAGAACCGCUCAGACCUAGUAGCUGCUGCCAUCCAGGAGGGUCUCGGGGUGAAGCUGCAAGUGCCGGGGGACACUAGGUGGAACUCCCAGUACGAUGCCCGUGCUCAGAUUGUGAAACUAUUGGAUGGACACGACCAGAAGCUCAACGAUACCUUGGAAAAGUCUGGCCUAACGAAGCUAACAUCUUUCGAAGCUAAAUACCUGCGCGAGUAUGUUUGGGUAAUGGCACCGGUGGCGCAGGCCCUUGACAUUCUACAAAGGGACAAAGACAUGUUUAUUGGGUACCUGAUACCCACUGUACUCAGCAUGGAGAAGCAACUAGAAGCAAGACGCAACAUGGAUUCGAAACCUCUCAGGUACUGUGAUCCUUUGGCAAGAACCCUCAAAAGCGCCAUUCGGGAGCCUCAGAGGUUUGGCCAUAUUUUAGAGGAUCUCCAGAAUUUACAUUCUCUUCCCCAGCAAGAAGCUUGA